AUGGGGCCGUCAAGUACUGAGUUGCUCAGAGCUGGGGCUCCGAUUCGUGCUGCGCCGGUUGCGUCAAUCUUCGCCUCCACUUUGACAGGCGGGAUUGGCAACAAGGGACGGCUACCAUGGCGGCUGAAGGAAGACCUGGAGAGCUUUGAGCGCAUAACCAAGACCGUAGGUAAAGAUCCCAAUGGGAUGCCGAACGGGGUCAUCAUGGGGCGCAAAACAUGGGACUCCAUUCCCACGAGUCCUCUCAAGGAUCGUAUAAACUGCGUUGUAACCAGCCAUCCAGAUGAUCUACUCGGAAAAAACCAGUUUGCCAAGACCUCCCAAAACACCAAACUGGAUCCCAGUAAUACUCCAUCGGCAAGAUCGACAGGCCCCAAGACAGGGCCGACAACUUCGACCUACGGUGCAGACCUAAGAGGUAGUUUAUUAUUGCGCUUGCCGUUCGUAAAUCGCCUUACUGGGAUGGGGCGUGUCACUAUAGACCAUUCAGCGUUUCCCUUGGCCGUGAAAAGUUUACAAGAGGGGCUGAACAGACUACGGAACUGCAGCACCAUCUACAUAACGGGUGGCGCGGGACUGUAUAAUAUGUCUCAUGAAGCGCAGAUUGCAGAUUAUAUUAUUUGGACACGCGUGUGCGGCGAAAAGAUCGCGACAGAUGUUCACGUUGAUUUGGCGCUGUUGGAGAAGAAUUAUGAGUGUUUAGGCGUUUCCAAGACGAAGGGAAGUGGUCGAUACACGUUUGAUGUGGCGGUGCUGAGAAAAAAGGGUCAGGACAAUAUAAACAAAGAAUAUGAAGCGCAAUUGAGCAACUUUAUUCGAGGGAUAUCGGUUCCUGUUGGGCGCGAUACGUCCUUCCAAACGGGCCUGAUUGGGCUACAGAGCGCGAAGGAAGCGACAUUUCGUUUCCAUGAUGAGUAUCAGUACUUAGAUAUUAUGAAGGAUAUCGUACAGAGUGGGGUGGAGAUGGAGGACCGAACGGGUGUUGGUACCUUGAGUAAAUUUGGUGCCUUGAUGCGCUAUGAUUUAUCUGAGAGUUUCCCGUUGUUGACGACUAAAAAAGUUUACUGGAAGGGCGUGGUUGAGGAACUGUUAUGGUUCCUAAAGGGCUGUACGGACGGCAAGAAAUUGGCCGCGAAGAACGUGCACAUUUGGGAUGGCAACGGGACGAAGGAAUUCCUGACUAAGCGGGGUCUUGGUCAUCGACGCGAAGGUGAUUUGGGUCCGGUUUAUGGAUUCCAAUGGCGACAUUUUGGGGCUGAUUAUGUGGAUUGUGACUGCGACUAUAAAGGUGCAGGGGUGGACCAGGUCCAAACUUUGCUUAAGGACAUAAAGCAAGAUCCCGUGAGUCGGCGACACAUCAUUUCGGCUUGGAAUCCGGCCGCUCUCAAGGACAUGGCCCUACCUCCCUGCCACGUCUUGAGCCAGUUUGUCGUGGAUCCGAUGAGAAAAGAGAUUUCAUGCGCUCUUUAUCAACGUUCAGGCGACUGGGGACUCGGAAUUCCGUUCAACAUCGCCAGCUACUCACUACUGUGCUAUAUUAUAGGGCACCUUACUGGCUACAAGCCGAAGGAAUUUGUCCACUUCGUGGCAAACGCUCAUGUCUACAAGAACCACUUACAACCUCUCAAGGAACAGUUUACCAGAGCGCCAAGACCGUUUCCCAAAGUGGUGAUUAAUCCCGAUAUUACAGACAUCGACCAACUAGAAUUUAAGGACGUAAAACUGAUCGGAUAUGAUCCCUACCCCGCAAUUAAAAUGGAGAUGGCAGUGUAA